GUGUACCAGGCUUUAAAACAAAAUGGCUGCUAAUGUGGUGAAAGUUGCGUCGUCUGCGUUGGUUUCGGUUGAGUUUGAGGUUUUUGGUAAAGUUCAAGGUGUGUUCUUCCGAAAGUGUACUAAAAAGAAAGCUAUCGAGCAUGGCCUUGUAGGCUGGGUCAAGAACACAAAGACAAACACCGUAGUUGGACAAGCUCAAGGAUCAAAAGACAAGAUAAGCCUACUGAAGACUUGGCUUCGCACAAAAGGCAGUCCACACUCGGUUGUCCAACGGGCAGUGUUCAAGAAUGAGAAACCAAUUGAUCAACUUGUCUACACACAAUUUGACAUCAUAAGAUGAAAAGAGAUUACUGUUUUUUCUUACAUUUGUAAAUGAAAGUGUAAAUAUUAUUUUUAAUAUGAAUAUGGAUGCUGGUUACCGUGUGUUGGUGUUGUGUGGCUGCAGUGAACAAUUCUGUGUAAACUACAUGUGUCAUCCCAACUACAUUUGCAUUGUUUAAUACUAUUUAUUUCAUAUUUUAAUAAUAUGAGGCACACACAAUGCUGUAUAUUGUGUCUGCAGAGGGCGCUAUUGAAACUUCCUUAGUAAUGCAAGUAAAUAUGACCAAUAAAGGUGUUUUUCUAUCAAUGGUUCAGAUUUUGUAUCGUAGACACCAUUUAUACAUCAGGUCAACUGACAAGCGAUCACUUUUUAGCCUUGUUGACAGAUCACACUUCGAAUACUUUGACAUCACUGGGUUUCAAUCAGUUGUGCAAAUUGGCAUACACCAUAGAUAGAACUAGAUGGAAGUGCCUGUGUGAUUUGUUAACAUUUGGGUUUUGUAUUCACACCAAAUGAAGUAUUCCAGACAAGCAACAUUUUUCAUUUGCGUGCGAUGCCCGAAGAUAGAUUAUAAAAAAAUUAUAUUCUGUAAAAAAAUUAACAAGUUAUAAAUUAAUUAAUAUACAUCCGUCCUAAGUUUACUCAGUUUGUUUAUUAAUCUAAAUUUAAGUGUCAGUACUAUUUGGAUCAAGGUCAGUUUUAAUGUCCACAGUGUAUCAUAAUACCAAGUUUAAAUCUUAUUUGUAAUUCUAAUUUUGUGGGGUCAACUACAGCCUUAGCUGCCGACCUGCAGAGCUUAAAUAAAAUUGUUUGCUUCUGUAGAAUUAUUUAUGUUUUUAUACCACCAAAGCUGGGAGAUUCUAUUCUAUUCUAAGAUGGUACGUUUCAAAUGGUGACGGUUUAAAUUCAGUUCCAUUGUAGCUACUAUAGACCUUAUGCAUAUGAUGUCAUUUAAUUUAGGCAACCUUGGCUAGAGGUGAAAAGAAGGCUGCUAAUGGGAGACUUUGGAUCGCUAGUUGGCAGCAGAUUAUCCAGUAAAAUUCCAACGAUUAUUAAUUUUAACGUAGUUUUGAGCUUGCACACAUAACCUGAAGUCUGCUACCAUCUAGUGUCCCAAAAGUCCCACAUUGGCUCAUCUUGUUUACCUUGCAUACAUAAAUGUACGGUUUCCAUUGUUUCAUUCUACAUUGUUUUACCCUAUGACAGUGGCAUGAUUACUUCGACAAAAAGGUCUUUUGUGCUUUCAUGAGAGUCAUGGAAAUAAACGAGCAAUCCAGACAGAA